AUGGCUGUUCUGGUAGCGAAACAGAAGUCCAAGGGAAAGACUGUUCCAGAAAAGGAACGGUUCAUCCGUGCCUGUGCCGACAUUUCGUUGGAAUUGGUGGGAUCUUUACAGUCUUCAAAGGAUAUCAAUUUGAAUGGGGUGAUUAUCAGACAUUCCAAGAAAUACAAAUUGAAGCAACAACCAAGAUUAACCGAUAUCAUUUCAUCGAUUCCCGAUCAGUAUAAAAAGUAUCUUAUUCCAAAACUAAAGGCCAAGCCAGUGAGAACUGCCUCGGGGAUUGCCGUGGUGGCUGUCAUGUGUAAACCACAUAGAUGUCCUCACAUUGCUUACACCGGUAACAUCUGUGUUUAUUGUCCGGGUGGUCCAGACUCUGAUUUCGAAUAUUCGACCCAAUCAUACACUGGGUAUGAACCAACUUCAAUGAGAGCCAUCAGAGCAAGAUAUGAUCCGUACGAACAAGCUAGAGGAAGAGUGGAACAAUUGAGACAAUUGGGUCAUUCUAUUGACAAGGUGGAAUAUAUUAUCAUGGGAGGUACUUUCAUGUCUUUACCUAUCGAUUACCGUGAGAAUUUCAUAGCUAAUUUACACAAUGCCUUGACCGGUUAUACAGGGUUAAAUCUUGAUGAAGCUAUCAAGUUCUCCCAACAGUCUUUAACAAAAUGUGUGGGUAUUACCAUUGAAACUAGACCAGAUUAUUGUACUGAAACCCAUUUGUCAGACAUGUUAAAGUAUGGCUGUACCAGAUUAGAAAUUGGGGUUCAGUCUGUUUAUGAAGAUGUUGCCAGAGAUACAAAUCGUGGACAUACUGUCAAGGCGGUUUGUCAUACUUUUGCGGUAUCUAAGGAUGCUGGUUAUAAGAUAGUGAGUCAUAUGAUGCCUGAUUUGCCGAACGUGGGAAUGGAAAGAGACUUGGAGCAAUUUAAAGAAUAUUUUGAAAACCCGGAUUUCAGAACUGACGGGUUGAAAAUCUACCCAACUUUAGUUAUUAGAGGUACAGGAUUAUACGAAUUGUGGAAAUGCGGGAAAUAUAAAUCUUAUAAUGCCAAUGCAUUGAUCGAUUUGGUGGCAAGAAUCUUGGCGUUGGUUCCUCCUUGGACAAGAAUUUACAGAGUGCAAAGAGAUAUUCCAAUGCCAUUGGUUAGUUCUGGUGUGGAUAAUGGUAACUUGAGAGAAUUGGCGUUGACAAGAAUGAAGGAUUUUGGUGUAACAUGUAGAGAUGUGAGAACCAGAGAAGUUGGGAUCCAAGAAGUACAUCAUAAAGUUCAGCCAGAUCAAGUAGAAUUGAUUAGAAGAGAUUAUUACGCUAAUGGUGGUUGGGAGACAUUUUUAAGUUAUGAAGAUCCUAAACAGGAUAUCUUGAUUGGUUUAUUGAGAUUGAGAAAAGCGUCUAAAAAGUACACUUUCAGAAAAGAAUUCACUUCUCAACCAACUUCUAUCAUUAGAGAAUUACACGUUUACGGUUCUGUGGUGCCUGUUCAUUCCAGAGAUCCAAAGAAAUUUCAACAUCAAGGGUUUGGUACUUUGUUGAUGGAAGAAGCUGAAAGAAUUGCUAGAGAAGAACACGGUUCUGAAAAGAUCAGUGUCAUUUCUGGUGUUGGUGUGAGAAACUACUAUGCAAAAUUGGGUUUUGAAUUGGAUGGUCCUUACAUGUCUAAGAAAAUUGCUCAAAACAAUGACUAUGAUGGCGAGUCUGAUGAUGAUGCUGAUUUCUUUUAA